AUGCCCGGCGAAGAGCCUGAGAAAGGAGACAAAGUCACAUGGAACUGGGGCGGAGGCCAGCCUGGAGGUACCGUGGCUGAGAAGAAGACCGAAGGCGAAGUUGCCAUCACCUCCAAGCGCGGCAACAAGGUCAAGAAGAACGCCGAGCCAAACAAUCCUGCCGUUCGCGUCGAGCGGUCUGGCCAAGACGUGGUCAAGAAAGCCUCCGAGCUCAACGUCGAGGAGAAAGCCAAUGGCGACGCUGGCGCCGCCGAUGCCGACGACGAAAAGGAGGACUCUAAAGAAGAUGGCGAGACUAAGAACGGCGAAAAGAGGAAGCACGAUGACGUAGACAAGGAGGAGAAGGGGGAAGAAGACAACAAGCAAGACAAGGCGGAACCCCUCGAAGAAAACGCUGAGGGCAAGACAGUCAAAGCCAAGGAGCCCGCUGCUAAGAAGCAAAAGAAGGAGCCCGCGAAGAAUAAGAAGGGAGCCGCGGCCCUGAAGAAGACCGAUGAGGAGGAGGAGGAACCAGAGAAGAAAAAGGAAGAGCCAGAGCCCGCAGAAGAUACUAAGAAGAAGGCCGGCCGGCCCAAGAAGGCUGAGGGUGCGCCAUCCAAGCAGAAGAAACAGCCGACUCCUCGCGCCGCAGACGGGAUCGGGUCUCGUACCAGGAGCCAGCAGAAGAAGUCUUGA